GCUCCCGGCGGGCCUCGCGGCGACGGAGUACGGCGACCCGCGGGCCGGCUGAGCUGCUGCGAUGCUGGUGGCCGCGGCCGCAGAGCGGAACAAGGAGCCUAUCCUGCGUGUGCUGCGGCAGUACAUGGACCCGGCCCAGCGCGGCGUUCGAGUGCUCGAGGUGGCCUCUGGCUCCGGCCAACACACGGCCCACUUCGCGCGGGCCUUCCCCCACGCCGAGUGGCAGCCGUCCGACGUGGACCAGCGCUGCCUGGACAGCAUCUCGGCCACCACUCAGGCUCAGGGCCUGUCCAACGUGAAGGCCCCGCUGUACCUGGACGUGACCUGGGAUUGGGAGCAUUGGGGCGGGAUCCUGCCCCAGUCGCUGGACCUGCUGCUCUGCAUCAACAUGAUCCACAUCAGCCCCCUCAACUGCACCGAGGGGCUCUUCCGAGCAGCAGGACACCUGCUGAAACCCAAGGCGCUGCUGAUCACUUAUGGGCCUUAUGCCAUCAAUGGGAAGAUCACUCCGCAGAGUAACGUGGACUUUGAUCUCACUCUCAGAUGCAGGAACCCUGAGUGGGGGCUGCGGGACACAGCCCUUCUGGAGGACCUGGGCCAAGCCAGUGGCCUGCUCCUGGAGAGGAUGGUGGACAUGCCAGCCAACAAUAAGUGCCUGAUAUUCCGGAAAGAGUAACUUUCUCCUGCAUGUUUCUGUCUCCACCAAGACCCAUUCUGGAAUAAACCCAGAUGCCAGCCCCUGCCUCCCAGGGCUGGGCCCUGGGGGCUGCCCUUGCCUGGUCUGGGGGCUCUUGGCUGGUGGCCACUGGGCUGCUUAGAACCUGGGAAUAAAGUGUUUCUUGCUGCUCA